CUUGUCUCCUCUCUGUGUUGUCACUUCUAAACAUGCCGAUCAUGGUCGCAGCAGUGGGCUUUAUUUUCUGUGUUUCGCGUUGAUUUCCGUCACGAUGAGCAGCCUUUGUAGGGAGGUGAUCACCCUCCAGCUGGGACAUUAUUCCAACUUCGUGGGAACUCACUGGUGGAAUUUACAGGAUGCGUCUUUAUCGUACGAUCCAGAGACGCCGCCCGGUGAGAUCCAGAGCGAUGUUGUGUUUCGUGAAGGACAGACUCUGGGCGGCCACGUCACCUACACACCGCGACUCAUCGCUAUGGAUCUCAAAGGAAGUCUUCGUACUCUGCGACAGGAAGGAAGUUUGUAUGAUGCAGGAAAGGACACGUCUGCUGUCACAUGGGAAGGAAGCAUCAUGAUGCACAAAGAAAGUCCUCCUGCAAAGAACUCCUUCCUUGAAGACCUGGAUAAGUUGGAUAAAGGGGAGAUCCUCGCAGAGGCAGAUUUUCCCUCCAGUUCCCAGCCUCAGUGCUCCGCAGGGUCACUGAGCGUGGAUACAGUGAACAGCCACCUGGCUAGAGUACAAAAGAACUACAGGCUGGAGGGCAGCGUGAAGGUGUGGUCUGACUUCCUCAGGAUCCAUCUGCACCCUCGCACCAUCUCCGUCAUCCACCAGUACAACCAUGACGGGGAGGCUCACCGUCUGGAGGCUUUCGGCCAGGGAGAGUGUCUCCUUCAGGGGUCGGUGCUCGAGGAGCUGGAGGACAGGCUGCACUUCUUUGUGGAGGAGUGCGAUUACCUUCAGGGCUUCCAGGUGCUGUGUGACUUGUCUGAUGGCUUUGCAGGCCUGGGGUCGAAGGUCACUGAGCUGCUUCGCGACUCUUACGGUGGGAGAGGCAUCCUAACCUGGGGGUUGUUACCUGUCAGUCACCCAGAUUCAACUCCAGUGAAGGACCUCUACCGCCUGUUAAACUGCACUUUAGGGAUGGUACACAUGGCCGAUCACAGUUCUUUGUUCUGCCCUUUGACCCUGCGAGGUGGACUGGGCAGACGACCCUCCUCUCCCACAGCGUUCCCCCACCUCAGUUAUGAUCCUUCACUGUGGUACCACUCCAGCUCUGUCCUGGCUUUGGCGCUGGAUGCCCUCACUGCGCCUUACAGGAUGAGGAACAACAGCGUCCCCAUGUGGCAGUUGGCAGAUGACCUGGCUGUGUCAGGGAAGAAGGUUGUGGCUGCUUAUGGUGCCGUCCCUUUUCCCAUGUCACAUGGCUCCUCUCUGCCUGCCGCCCUGAGCGCGUACGCCGACACGCUGCCAUGGAGACCGCUGUCAGGGUGCUCCGAAGCGAGCGAUGGCCGAUGCUACGGCCAGUGGGUGACACUCAAAGGCUUUGAAGGCCAGAAACUCAUCAGCUCGUUAGCUCCAGGGACUAAACUGCCCACUCCUCUGCACGGCCUCCACAGUGGCGAGGACGUCUUGGCUUCCUACGUCAGAUCCUUCUUUCCUUCAGCUCCUCUGGCCCUGCAGCUGGUUUCUAUUCCCAGUAAGCUGGCGCCACCUUUCCCUCAGAUAUUCAGCCAAUCCCUCAGUGCUCAGGGCUUCCUGCAGAGCCAGCCGCCCCCGCCUGGCACUCCAGCCCCUGUCGUCUCCUCCGUACCCGUCAUGACUUCCCUCCAGUCGGGUCCCGCACUCGACCCCUGGCUAUCUGACCUGCAUCGCGGUGCCAGUGCUUUCGACAUCCGCCGCGUGGCCCCCAGCUUCCUCUCCCAGGGGCCCGAAAUGGCCGACUACCAGGAGGCCCUGGAGCAGCUGCGCCUGCUGGCACGGUGUUACAGAGACGACAGCAGAGGCGUGAUGCGCUCUUCCUCUGAAGAAGACGACGAUGACUGACGUUAGCUAGCGUGACUCGUAUGUGUCUGCUUUGUUUACUGACCUGCAUGCAGGGAGCCGAAGAGGAGCCGCGCUCUGCUACGUCGAGGACGAGGACUGAAGAGGAAGUUACUCCUGAGUUAACACAGAGGACUGAGCUGCAGGAUGUAGAUGAGUAAUUUGAGACAUGUUUUUGUUGACUGUACUUUUCCUCAAUGACUGUUUGUAUGAAUUAAAGUGUUUUAUACUAAGUGCACAUUAAAGGACUGUAUUUCCAUAAAGAGAUGUAGCUGUCACCUCAGGCGCAGGUUGCACGUGUAGCAAAAUUCACGGCUCUCGUUUUUGGGUUUUUGUUGUUUCUGCAGCCUCGAAUGAAGAGUCGACUGCUUUGUGUUCUUUACUUAUUUAUCCAAAAUUGGACUUUGGGUUUAAUGACUCAAAAGAAAUGACCAGUCUUAGGCUGCAAAUAGUCCACAACAUGGAAGAAAAAAAAAAACCUCCUGCAUACUUUUUCCUAAUUUUCAUUUAAAUUUUAAAAUUUUCUUCAUCCUCAAA